GAGUGCGGGGUUUGUGGGUUGCUUCCUUUCGGGCCAUUUAAGAUCCCAAAUCCUCCGGUGGCAUCAGACCUGGACAGCCCCUGACCCCAGCGUGUCACGGUGGUCCUGAGCGCUGGAGCCAUCGAGCAUCCGGCUGGGGACGACGUCACCCCUAAACCCAUCUUUAUCCAGGACGCCCUGGCACUGCCUCUGUGCCUGCUGGCAUGGGUCUGUGGCUGUUUUUCCUGGUGUUUCCGGUCACCUGCGUCUCUGGACUGCCCUUCUACAAUGGCUUCUACUAUUCCAGUGGUCCCCGUGGCAGGACCCUGGGCAAUGGCUAUGGGGAAGGCCUGUUCAACGGAGUGAAGUUGGUGGUUGAGACGCCCGAGGAGGUCCUGUUCAGCUACCGCGGGGCCAGCGUAACCCUGCCCUGCCGCUACCGCUACGAGCCGGCCCUGGCCUCCCCGAGGCCUGUGCGGAUCAAGUGGUGGAAGCUGUCAGAGAAUGGCGCCCCCGAGCAGGACGUGCUGGUGGCCAUCGGGCAGAAGCACCGCUCCUUUGGGGACUACCAAGGGCGUGUGCAUCUGCUACAGGACGAGGCUCGUGAAGUGUCCUUGGAGCUUAGAGACUUGAGGCUGGAGGACUCCGGGCGCUACCGCUGUGAGGUCAUUGAUGGACUGGAGGACGAGAGUGGCCUGGUAGAGCUGGAGCUGCGGGGCAUAGUUUUCCCCUACCAGCCCCGCCAGGGGCGUUACCAGCUCAACUUCCACGAGGCCCAAAAGGCGUGCCGGGAGCAGGACGCAGUGGUGGCCUCCUUUGAGCAGCUCUUCCGGGCCUGGGAGGAAGGCCUGGACUGGUGCAACGCGGGCUGGCUGCAGGACGCUUCGGUGCAGUACCCCAUAACGCUGCCCAGGCAGCCCUGUGGAGGCCUGGGCCUGGCCCCGGGCGUGCGCAGCUACGGCCACCGCCACCACCGCCUGGACCGCUACGACGUGUUCUGCUUUGCCGCGGCCCUCAAGGGGCGGGUGUACUACCUGGAACACCCCAUGAAGCUGACGCUGCCCGAGGCCAGGGAAGCCUGCCGGGAAGAUGACGCACAGAUUGCCACAGUGGGCCAGCUCUUCGCUGCCUGGAAGUUCCGUGACCUGGACCGCUGUGAUGCUGGCUGGCUGGCAGAUGGCAGUGCCCGCUACCCUGUGGCUCACCCCCGCCCCAACUGCGGACCCCCUGAGCCUGGGGUCCGCAGCAUUGGCUUCCCAGACCCGCAGACCCGCUCCUAUGGUGUCUAUUGCUACCGCCAACGUUAGGCCCCUGGCCAGCUCUGAACCCUCCCAGAGCCCUGCCUUCCCUGGCUAGGUUGAUAUUAGGUGGGUCAUUUCCCCAUUCGUGGGUUGGGGCAAUGUUAGUAUUGUUUUUAUACUUCUCAACGUAAACGUUUUUAAGGUAUCAUCGUUAUUUUUGUAAAUCUAAUAGAUAGGAUUCCCAAUUCCCAUUGUCACUCCAGGGGAUCUCCCUCUGCCGUUCCCGAGGGCAGUGGGUCCCCCUGGUGUUCAGCGCAGGCAGUGACCAACCUGAACCUAUAGAGGUGAGAGCUCAGUGGCGGAAGGCAGCUUUCCCUGGUCUCAGCCUACGGGAGGCAGCAAGCUCCCGGGGAGCUCCUUUUAGUUCUAGAGAGAGAGGGUCGCUCCAGGGCUUGUGGGUAAGAUCUGAGCAAGGGGAGAACUUUCCUGCCAGUUUCCCCUUCCUCUCUUUGUUCCAAAUAGUCUGGGUUUCCUUGCUUUGGAGUAGCUCUCUGGGUGUGUGCACCUUCUGUGGACAAUAAAUGGUGCUAUGACCCUC